AUGAAGAUCGGGCUCCUUAUUUUGCGCCAAGAUGUUCAACAUACACAACAGGGUGGAAGCGCUGUCGAUGCCCGUUACUAUAUCACACAUGCCCGCCAUGAAUUUGAAACUUGUUACAUCAGUAAAUCAAACGCAGAAGAAGAUAUCGAUGAAAUCUGCAGCAAUAAAUUUGACAUGUUCUUAAACUAUAUGGUGGCCAAGUCGGAAGAUGCUGUGAGAGUGGCAGCAAUUACCAAGUACCUAGAGGCGAAAGGUGUCCCUCUUCUGAAUAACCAAACUGGUGCCGGUGAAGGUGUAAAGAGGUCCGUGGUACGCAAUAUCAAUGGACUGAAUCCCACAUUUGCCGCAGGCCAAAACUGGCUUUGUCUCGUCAUGGAUAUGGGCCUUGAGACGAAGGUUUUUACACCAGGCCAGCAGGUUUCUGCUCACUGUCUAGAUAGAAAAGUCUCGCACCCCGCGUCGGCAAACUUCACGUUAAUGACGGACGUGACCUUGAAAGCUGAACUGGAGUCAAUUACCUUGGAUUUAUUUAGGGCAACAUGUAGUGGUUUUGCCUGCAUUGGGAUUGAACUGGUAUCACAUGGCAAUGCUGUAUCAUUGGAGGGCCGGAUCUGCCCUCCUCGAGCAUUUAGCCCAAGGGAAGCAUCCACAUACGAGGACCUAGUGAUUGAAAAGGAAUUCCCUGGUGGACAUAUGGCAUUUAUCGACAUGUUAGUCGCUAGCAAGGAAAUGCGAUCAGGCCAAGAUAGUGAUCGGAAUCGGCAUCUCGCCAGUGUUUAUGACGGGUUUGCUCCACGCUAUUCUGCUGCUCGAGCCAACACCGGACUCAGUCGUAUGCAGGAAGACCUGAGCAGAGACUAUGAUUUCUCUGGGACUGUAUUGGAUCUUGCGUGUGGGAGUGGUGAGUUCGGAGCCAUCCUACAUGAUAAGGGCAUCGCUGCCAAGAUCACAGGCAGUGACCUCUCCUCGGGUAUGACCCAGUCAUCAUAUAUCCAGGAUCACUAUGAGAAGCCACUGUUGAUUGGACCGAUGGAUGAACUGAUCAUGAGCGUGAAUAACUUCGAUCAUGUUGUUUGUUUUGCGGCAUUCCAAUUUCUAGACCCAGUUCAUCUAACAGCCUUUUUGGCACGGAUGUUCAUGGUUGCGAAGCGAUCUGUGACUGCAAUCCAUGAGGAUCUCACUGAGGCGUACAUUGAAAAUAUGAAAAAGCGAAACGGGGAACUAUGUACGAACUUCAAUCAUGUCUCAACACUAGAGGAGUUUGGUGUUCCUAAGGGUUGGAAACAGGUUCGCAUGGAAAGAUUCCCCUUGUAUGAUAACCCGAAUCUUGGUGAAACUGUAGACCAGUCCAAGAUUGCCAAGAAUAUGGGUUAUCAAGAAGAUUUGCCAAGCAACAGUCACAAUCUAAAGUCCGAUGAUGAAGAAGCACUCGCAGAAAAAACAUCACACUCACCCCUCAACAAUACCACCCCCGACCUUGGCUGGGAUGGGCCAACAGAUCCCGCACGGCCAGUUAACUGGUCAAAGACGAAGAAAUGGCUGAAUAUGUUCAGUAUCGCCUAUCUCACUUUUCUCACACCUUUGACGUCUUCCAUUGUUGCACCGGCGCAGGGACUCGUGCUGAAAGAGUUCCAUACAACGAACAAGACUUUGUCAUCAUUCGUCGUCUCGAUAUAUCUAGUAGGGUUUGCCAUCGGGCCGCUCUUUCUCGCUCCCCUCUCGGAAAUGUACGGUCGACUGCGCAUAUAUCAGAUUGGCACCUUGAUAUUUGUUAUUUGGAAUGUUGCUGGCGCUUUGGCACCCAACAUCGGCGCUCUGUUAGUCUUUCGCCUUUUUGCAGGAAUUUCGGGUAGCAGCCCAGUCACCCUAGGUGCAGGAUCUGUCGCGGAUAUGUUCAUCCGGGAAGAGAGAGGAGCAGCCCUAUCGAUAUAUGGUCUCGGUCCGCUCCUAGGUCCUGUAAUUGGUCCAAUCGCAGGAGGCUAUCUCUCACAAGCCCAAGGCUGGCGAUGGGUAUUCUGGCUGCUUGCCAUUGUGUCGGGUGUCGCCGUCAUUAUGGUGUCUAUCUUUCAAUCCGAGACUUACGAGCCCGUUCUUCUACGACGACGUGUGACUAGAAUCCGAAAAGAAAUGGGGAAUCCAGAUAUAAUCUCUGGACAGGAUCUGAAGGUGGAUUCCAGGAAGCUUUUUAUUCAGGCGAUUUCCAGGCCAACAAAGAUACUUCUCCUCACACCAAAUGCGGCCUUAUUCUCGCUGUAUACUGGAAUUGUUUUCGGCUACCUCUACCUCCUUUUUACGACAGUCACCGAUCUAUACCAAACAACGUACAAUUUCAGUCAAGGCGCCACUGGACUCGUUUUUAUCGGCAUUGGUGUCGGAUCCCUAGUCGGAUUAACAUUUUUCGGGGCCUUGUCAGAUAAAAUCCAAAACCACCUCAUAGCAAAAAACAACGGCCAAGCCGAGCCAGAAUUUCGUCUUCCGAUUCUCAUCCUAGCAAGCUUCCUGCUCCCGAUCGGUCUGUUCUGGUAUGGCUGGUCCGCUUAUAUGCAUGCCCAUUGGAUUAUGCCGAUCAUCGGGCUGGGCUGGAUUGGCUGCGGGAUUAUCGCCACCCUCAUGCCCAUCCAAGCAUAUCUGAUUGACGCCUUCGGCGAAUACGCGGCCUCCGCUGUCGCGGCGAAUACGGUUGUGCGGUCUUUAGUAGGUGCUUUCUUGCCGCUUGCUGGACCUUCGAUGUAUGCGGCGUUGGGGCAGGGGUGGGGCAACUCGUUGCUUGGGUUUAUUGCGUUGUGCAUGCUACCUGUUCCCGUUGUGUUUUAUAUUUAUGGAAAGCGGAUUCGGAUGAGUCCACGUUCUCAAAUAUCUCUGUGA